AUUUGAUAAACUUCACUCAAAUGUUUACACACGGAAGUUACCGUCGGCAAGACCAGCCAACUGUCAUCCUCUUUUGCGUGAAGUAUUUCAAGACGCAAGGUUUACUUAGUUUGUGCUGUACACGUUUCGUGUCGAUUCGAAGGACUUAAAAAAUGCGUUACGUGGCUGCAUAUUUGUUGGCUGUGCUUGGUGGAAACAAUGCCCCAUCCACCGGCGAUAUCGAAAAGAUCCUUAGCUCGGUUGGUAUUGAAGCCGAUUCCGAGCGUCUUUCCAAAGUCGUGAACGAAUUGAAGGGCAAGAACAUCGAGGAAUUGAUUGAACAAGGCCGCGAGAAAUUGUCAUCAAUGCCAGCCGGUGGUGCUGCACCUGCUGCUGCCGGAGGCGCUCCAGCUGCCGCUGCCGCCCCAGCCGCCGAGGAGAAGAAGAAGGAAGAGAAAAAGGAGGAAUCCGAAGAAGAGGAUGAAGACAUGGGCUUCGGUCUUUUCGAAUAAGCUGAUAACAUUAUGCAAAAACAGAUUAACAACUACAAAACUUUGGAUGGCCACCAUACAGUAGUCGCGUCUGGACGUUGCCCAGCGAAACAUCUGGUCAAACUAUUGUACAAAGUUUUUAUUUCUGUGAAAUAAAACUGUUUUUACGGAA